CCCCGACCCGAUCGGCCUUAAAAAGCUCCAACUUGCAACCAAAUCCCCAGUCGGAGCGCUGCAGAAAAGGACCACGAUGGGCUUGGGUGACUACAGCCACUGCAGACAGAGGAUGUCCCGGGGACUCUACGGAGUCUCUGGAAGGGCUGCGCUAUGGUCCCCAGUCUUCCACCCGGUGCACCGCAUGCCUUGCGGCACCUGGCGCAUCGGCAUCGAAGUGCCAGAGCACGUCCGGGCGUCCAGCCCGGUGCUGGAGCACCUCCGCAGGCAGCUGGAGCGCGCCUUUCAGCGGGCGGCGGCACGCGGGCGCGCCAGACGCGCGCGGGAGGCGGUGGCGGCGGUGGCGGCGGCCGCAGCGGCAGCACGGGAGGAAAGGAGCCGGACGCGCAUGGAGUGCGCCCUGGCCCGGCUGCGCGCGGAGCUGCUGGAACUGCGUUUCCAGAACCACCAGCUGGCCCGAACUUUACUGGAUUUAAACAUGAAAAUGCAGCAGCUGAAGAAGAGGCAGGACCAGGAGCUAGCUUCCAAACCCCAGAGCCCGCAGGAUAAGGAGAUGAAUUCCGAGUGUGGAAGCGCAUAGUGGAGAGUCCGAGGCCACCACUCCAAAGCAACCCUGAGCCCUCGCCGUAACAGGGCGCUCUGAAACCCUCCUAGCAUUAACACUAGCGAUGCUUAUGUGUGCUCUAAAGGACAAUUUGUCCAGCGAAAACUUAGGCUUAAGGAAGAAGUGGGGAAAAAAGCUAAGAAAGGGGGCGAGACUUUUUUGUUUGUUUGUUUUAAAAAUGUUCAUUCAUUGGUUUGACUGGUUAUUGUCUUAUUAGUCGAAGGGAGGAGGGGUGAGGAGGAUGGAGGUGGAAGACAACCAAAGCACUAAAAGUUUGCCUUAAUGCCAGCUUACAACGCUACACGUUACCUUCAUGUAGCAGUGCAUGAACUUGCAGAAUCUGUGCUCAUUUUUACUUUAUUUAUUUUUGGCUGAUCUAGUAGCCUUCCCAGUCCUCUUCUGAUUUGUGAAGCUGAGAAUUACUUGUGUCUAGAUUCCACCCAUACCCUCGAUGUGGCCAGCGAGAAGGGCUUCUCACCUUUUUGCUGAAUGUGGACAUGUAUUUCAGGACUUGCUGUCAUUGAAAUGGAAAACACUAACUAUUCUUCUCAUAAAAUUUCUUGCUUCAGUUGAUUCAAGUUUGAUUUUUCAAGAUGCACACCCCUAGAUUCCUGACUAAUUUAGUUCUUUUGUUCAGUUAAUUUGGGAGUUUAAGUGGUUCUUAUUGAAUUAAAAGGUUGAAUUGUACACCCAAAGUGCUUUACAAUGCAAAAAUAAACUUAAUAAAAAUAGUUGCAGACCUAA